CGGGAGGAGGAGGAGUUGAGGAGCCCGGGCCCGGGAGCCUCCCCGCUUACCGCACUAGGAAGUGACGCUUUCCCUGAGUCCCGGAGAGAAAGAAACAAAGUAUUUUUUUUUUUUUUUCCUUUUUUUUUUUUUCCCUCCGCUGCUCAGCGCCGCCGCGGGAGCCCGCCGCCGCCGCCCUGCCUCGCCUCCAGGCCCUGUAACUGAGUGGAUCCUACUGACCUCUGAACCACAGAGGAUAAGAGUGAAAAGAAGUGGGAGAAGCGCUCAAAGAAAAAGGAAGUGGAUGCACUUUCAUCUGGACUCCUUUCCUACCCUUUAUUACUAAAACUGAAUGGAAAAGAAAGACUUCUGUGCCUUUCCUCCCUCAACCUCAGGGAUGGGUGGACUGUGAAUACGGUUUGUGCAGCUGGGAGAAUAGCCUGAACCAUGAAUCUUCAGGCUCAGCAGAAGUCCUCAAGCAAAAGGACCGGGAAACGAAUUGCCUAUUUUAAUGAGCAGGAAAUAGCUGUGUCAUCAAAAGAACCACAGCAACAACUUAAGGAAGGACAGUACUAUGGGCAUGGAGGGAAUAUACCGGUCUCCCAAGCUAUGGAGAUUUCCCAUGCAGGGGGAUUAACAAGUGCCCCCAACAAUGUUGCUUUGAUGAACUCCGUUUACAGUCAAGAUCGAGGAGAAUCAAUGAUGAUGUCCCAGCAAGUGACAGCAGUCAAGUGGCAGAAUUCAUUAAUGGGAAACCGGUUGCCAGAGAGGGGGGACUCCCACUGGCAGUCUCCACCUACAAUGUGGAACCACAGUAUGGUUUUUGGGGGCAACCCAAAAGGAGCCCAUUCCAAUGCUGGUCCGGGCUUCUAUGGCCACCCAGAAGCUCUUAAAAGAAAUCAAGAGAAAGGAGUGUUUGUGUCACAGCUGGACUUGUAUGAAGAUGCUGUCCAGCAGAUGAUGUCUCAGAAGGCUCAGCUGGAACAGCAAGCCCUGGUUAGACAGCAGGCCCAGAUGAAUUCUUUUCACCAGAUGCAGAAACAGCAGCAGCAGAAUCAAAGUCUGCCGUUACAGCCUUUCCAACUUGCGUUUGGUCACCAAGGCCAGAAGCAAGGUCUUCCUGAAUUGUUACAUGUCUUUCAAGAAGCCCCAGCUUCUUCCAAUCCAGCAUUUACUGCUCCACAAAAACAACAAGCUCUUCCCCAGCUACAGCUGUUUGAAAAUUUCUAUCCCCAGCAGCAGCAACAGGCUGCCACACAAGCCUACAGCCUACAGCAAGCUACUUCCAUAGCACAGCCUCAUGUGGCAGCUGCAGCACCUCAGCAUCACAUGAUGGCACACCAGUUUCAGCAAACAGAGAGAAACCAGGAAUUGCUCAAGGCUCUAACAGAGCAGAACCAACAGACUGUGCUACCUCAGACCCAGAUUCCCUUUCCAAGGAGGUCACGGAGACUCUCCAAAGAAGGUGUCCUGCUGACAUCUGCAGGAGAAGUGUUGGCUUCCAAGCAGCCAGAAGAACAAUCCAGCAAUUUAUUUUUGCAUCACUGGCAAACGCAUCAGCAAGAGGUCCCAUUACAGCAGCCCCCUGAAGCACUGACCCACAACAAAAGUAGCUUUUCACACCCCAAGAGAAUGGAUCUGGGGCAGAAGGACAUCCUGGUCAACAGCGAGCUGCAGCUGCACCAGCCAGAGGCAGACAGGCAAGCCACAGCCCAGAACGGUAGAGAUGGGGAGAAGCAGACUGCAGUGGCUGAAGAAAACACUCAGAGAGCUAAUGACUUUCUGGGUGUCAGAGGUGGGGUAAUCCAGAGUACGCGAAGGAGACGGCGUGUUUCUCAAGAAGCCAACUUGCUCACUUUGGCCCAAAAAGCUGUUGAGCUGGCUUCUCUUCAGAAUGUCAAGGAAUUGGAUACUUCAGAAGAGAAGAGUGUGCUAGUAGCAGCUCCAGGACCUACAGCCGCCAAAAGUGUUGUGGAAUUUGCCAGUUCUUCACCAGCUCCUAAAAGGGCCCGGGAAGAUAACAGCCUUGUGCCUCUUAUCAUUCCUGUGUCUGUGCCAGUGAGAAAAAUUGACUUGCAGAGCCUUGGAAAGGAGAAGUGUGAGGAUGGGAAGCUCCAGAAAGGCCAAACAAAUGAUCGGGCUCCUUGUGAACGCAAGCCUUCUGUGAUAGUCACUCGGAGACGAUCUAAUCGUAAUACCAACAUGGAAACCUCAAAUCAGCACGAAGAUGCUGUUCCAAAGGAGGAAGCAGAGGGCUUUGCCCGGAAACCAAAGCAGCGCCCAAGACCUGAGCCACUCUUCAUACCACCAAAAGCUGGCACAUUCAUUGCACCACCAGUUUAUUCCAACAUUACUCCAUAUCAGAGCCACUUAAGGUCACCUGUCCGUCUGGCAGAUCAUCCUUCUGAUAGGAACUUUGAGCUACCUCCUUACACUCCGCCGCCAAUUCUUAGCCCAGUAAGAGAAGGAUCUGGGCUGUAUUUUAAUGCUAUCCUCUCUUCGAGCGGUCAUUCAGUCGCACCUCCAAUGACUCCUAAAAGUGCUCACAGAACUCUGCUUAGAUCCAAUAGUUCAGAAGUUACCCCUCCUGUUCUUACAGUAAUGGGGGAAGCCACCCCAGUCAGCAUUGAACCACGAAUCAAUGUAGGAACCCGCUUUCAAGCAGAAAUCCCGUCGCUCCAAGACAGAUCUCUGGCCGCAGUUGAUGAGCAUAAAGCGGAGCUAGUGUGGCGGCCGUGGGGCGACCUGGAAACCAACAAAGUCACCCAAGAGAAUGUGGAAAAUCUGCUAGCUGCUGCAUGUUCAAGCAUUUUUCCUGGGGCUGGAACCAACCAGGAGCUGGCGCUGCAUUACUUGCAUGAAGCAAAGGGAAGCAUUCUGGGGGCUUUGACCAAACUGCUAUUGAAGAGGCCAGUACGAUCACCUACCCACCCUCUGGCAGAUUAUCACUACACAGGAUCAGACAAGUGGAAAGUUGCUGAAAAAAAGCUUUUCAACAAAGGCAUUGCCAUUUACAAGAAAGACUUUUUCUUGGUCCAAAAACUUAUAAAAACCAAGACGGUGGCUCAGUGCGUGGAAUUCUACUACACGUAUAAGAAACAAGUGAAAAUUGGUCGGAAUGGGACCUUAAUCUUUGGGGACAUUGAUGUUACUAAUGAGAAGUCCAUGAAAGAUGAAGCUGAAGUUGACAUCAAGAGUUCCCAUAGGUUUGCACGUGUUCUUCCUCUCAGAAGGGACAUUUUCAGUGAAGAACAGGGGCAUGUGGAGGAAGGAGAGGAGGAGGAAGAGGAGGCAGAGGAAGGGUUGGAUAACAGAAAGAAAAGUACAGUUCCCCUCAGAGAUGCGCAGACACUACAAACUGAUGUAAUAGCCAAUGAUGCCAGUAUAACGAGUCAAGAAGCAACCGUCACAGGCAGGAUUGCAAGGAGACCAAGGGAGACAGUAGUGAAGCCUCGAAAGCCUAUUAAUGCUCCAAUGCAGAGGAGGAGGCGGAAACAGAAGAUGAAAACAGAUGCUACCUGUAAAGCCCAGAACACAGAAAACACGUUUCCAUGUAAAAAAUGUGGCAGGGUGUUCUACAAGGUGAAGAGCCGCAGCGCUCACAUGAAGAGCCAUGCGGAGCAGGAGAAGAAGGCGGCCGCGCUGAAGCAGCAAGAGAGAGAGGCAGCGGCAGCGGCGGCAGCAGCCCACAGCCAGGCCCAGCAGGAGGAGAGCAGCGAGAGUGGGAGCAGCAGCAGCAGAAGCAGCGGUGGGAGCUCUGAUGAGGAUGGAGAAAUAUAGCAGCAAGCCAGAAGUGGAGGGAGUAGCAAGGCUGGACCCAGUCUCCCUCUUGGUUUUGCUUUCUUGCUUGCACUUUUUCUUACCUGAGCUGAUUUACAUCGGGUCUCAGUUUCAGUGCUGCCGUUGCCUCAUGCCACAUGUUCCACUUCACCUUGCCAGUACUGACCAAGCCAGAGUGGUGGAUGAAAAGAUUUGUUUCAACUUGGAUUUUUUUAAAUUAUUUUUAACAAAUGAGAUUUCUAUUUUAUUUAUAAUGAUAUCUGAGGUACACAGCAGAACAAUGUCACCUGCAGUGGAAGUAAGUUCUCUCUCAGGUCAGCCAGACCCUUCUUCCUGUGCUUGUCAGGAGACAUGGUAACAGAACUCUUGGAUAUAAAGGUUUCCAGACCUAACCAAGAAAAAGAUGCUCUGCUCUGAGCUAACUGUAUCCAGUUACUGUGACACUGGUGUUUUCUAGAUAUUUCUUUUCUCAGCAAGUUCCCCUUCCUGUUAUACACUUUUCUGCCUUUCUUUCUGAGAGUUUAUUUGGGGCUGCUGAUAAGUUUUGUGGAAAGAUGAUGUGCACUUCUGGCUUCUGCUUGACAAAAACGAAAAGUGGGAUGAGCAAGACACUUUCCUUCCUUUUGAGAUGAAGUUUUCUUUUUCUGAGGGAAGCCUGAGGUGCUUUUCUUUUAUGACAUUAAGAAUGCAGAAAUGGAUAUAAAAUAUCCUGUGGGAUUAGAGUAGCCACAGACCAUAUGCAGGUUGUGUCUCAUCAUGGAAAACAAAAUAGUCGGCCUUUGAUUAACUUCUUGGAAAGUAGUCUGGGCUUCACAAGUGCAAUUUGAAAUGAAAACUGAUGAUUUUGACUUUGCAUGAAUGGGAGCAAGUUUGUUUAGUGAAAAUGAACCUAGACCUUGUGUGUCUGCUGCACUCUGUGUGCCUCGGAGAUGGGAGGAAUUGGACUCUUAGGUCUGUCAGGCUCCUUAAAUCUCUCCAUGACUGACUCUUACCUCUCAACGCAUGUGUUUCUUUCUCCUAGUAGCCCUCACUUAUUUCUCGAAAUGGCCGUCACCAAGAGCUUGUAUUGGUGGGGCCCUGGGUUUCUAAAUACUUCCAGCAGACAGCAUGUGGCUGUAUGUACAGGAGGAGCUUUUCAUUUAUUUCCGCACAAGUGACUGGACAGCCUUGCCUGCUGGGUUGUCCUGCUGUGACCACUCUGCUGGCUGAAAUGCAGCCUUUUCCUUCAUAACUGACACAAGCUAACAGCCAAAAAAGCCUAGCCACCAAAAGCCUGCCGGUGCAAGAGAGCUCAGAGGAAGUUAAGGUGGUCCGGGUGACAUACAUGUUAGAUUUGCACAGGAUUUUUCUGUAGAGCCCACCCUUAUUACUAUUUCAUAAAGAAGUAUGGAACCACAUAAUUUCCUUGUGCUUCACAGCUGGUCAGUCACAGCCCAGUGCCCUGGCUGCCCGACGCCCUCCCUCCGGGCCGGUGCUCGGGGCCGCGUGGGUUCCCGGUUUCUGGGGUGCUGGCAGUGUGUCAGAUCACGCACGCGCUGCUCUGUGUGCAGCUCCGCAGGGCGAUCCCGAAUGAGCUGGCUGCUGCCUCCCUGAGCAGAGCUCCAGGGUGGGUUACUGUACGUGAACAACAAUGUUCCCAAAUGGCUGGUUUCUAAAUCCUGACCCUUCAAGCUGCUAGAUAAAUUCCAGGUAAUAAUUGGAAGGUGGAUCUACCGCCAGCGUGCCAUCUGCCCCUCUUCUCCAGCCCCAGGUAGUUCUAUGCAACCAGGAUUGUUUCACUGUCAGAGUCUAAAGGCUGUGUAUUCUGUCAUGUUUUCUUUAAAACAUAUGCUGUUGCAUAGACUCCUUUUUCCUUAAUAGCAGAAACAAUAAUUACUCUUAAAAUAAAUUGGAGUAUUAGUGAGGACUGCACUUUAAAAAAAAGUUGACAUUUUUGCCUAUAAAUGUUCUGUUUUCUGCCAAUGCUGUAUCUUUCAUUCCUAAGAAAAUUAGGUUUAUAUCAAUUUAGAGAUCGAAAGACCAAGUUCCAAUCAAGACCUUUCUGUACAAUUAUCUAAAGCUUCAUCCCUUUCAGCAUCUGGAUGACUGUUUUCAUGUUGCUGCACAAACUGGGAUCUUGUUGACCAGACUCUGGAAGCAGAUGGCACGUCGCUAUCUAUUAAAAUCCAUUAGAAAACUGUAGAGCUGAAAGCUACUAAUCUUUAAACAGAAGCUUAACCAAAUCAGUCUUCCUAUUAAGGGUUUUUUUGUUUGUUUUGGGGUUUGGUGGUUUUUUUUUUUUUUUUUUUUUUUUUUUUUUUUUUUUUGCAUUUGUAAAUUGAAGAAAAUGCUUGUCUACCAUUAUCCCAGGUUCCUUACAGAGAACAGAAGCUUUAGCACACAGUGCCUGGAUGGUCAGUAGGUGAAGCAGCUGGGCCUCAUGGUCUGCUUGUAGUAUCAAGGUUAAUUCCAGUAAAAACCAAUGAUGCAAUUAAAUGUUAAGAUCUUGGGUAUGUUUCUGGGAAGUUGCUGAAAGUUGCCAAAUCUUGAGAACUGCAGGGUAGUGCAGCAGUUCAAAAAAAAAUAAGUGGGACGUGUGAGUAUAUUAAAAAAAUAAAAAGGCUUUGAUGAUAAUGUAGAUAUUGUUAUAGUGUUGUAGUGAAUAUGUUAGCCUGGAAUACAGUGCUUCAGCUGUAGAAUGGUGUAUAGUUAUUUAACAGAGAUUGUAAAGGCCUAGAAACACAUGUCAAAAAUGGAGAUACAGGUGGAACCCACACAAGUUGAGAAACAUGGCAAACAUGAAGAUUUUUUAGGUUGGAAAAGAGAUCUGACUAAGUUUGAGAACUACAUUAAGGUUAAUCAAACUGUCUUAUUUCACUGUCAUUGUUAAAAUAGGACAAAAUCAACUAAUGUGUAAUCCUUUAGAAAAAAACAGCUUGUUCAUACUGGGUCAAACCAAAGAUCUGUCUCGCUCCAUGUCCUGUUUCUGACGGUGAUCAGGAGCAGAUGCUUAGGAAAAAAGUAUACAAACAGGGAAAGCACGGAAUAUCCUGGCAGAAAACAAGAUGCUAAACUAGAAGGAAUUACUUGUGUUCUCCAGUAAGGCAAAGCUGCAGAUAGAUUUGUCCUUAAAUGUACUGUCCCCAUAUGGGCAAAAAAUGAGUACAUUUCUUUGCCUUUUACACUUUACUCUGUGUAUCAUAUCACUUGCAUCUACUCUAGUAUUUUUAGUUUCCUAAAGUGUGCCUGGGUGAUAAUGAGCAAACAGCAUUUAGUCGUGGCCCUCAGGUGUUUGCAAGGUUGCAGUAGUUUUAGAUGUGGCGAAGCAAAUCAUGGUGGACAAACAACCAAUGAAGAGAAAUGAAGUACAAAGGUUUAAGGAGCAAAUCACAUGAUUGCUUUAAGUACCAAUUUAGUCUUCUUUUAGGCUUGAUAAUGCUUUAGAGUAGGCAUUAUUAUAGUCUUCCUAAAGACCAGAUCUUUCACUGAUGUUCCCUAUUCCAGGAAAUCGGUAGAAGGGUCAUUUUUCUCUUUAUCAAGGAUAAGCCACGGAGGUGCCAAUAAGAACAAAUGAGAAUCUUUUUUCUAAUUGCACAAAAAGGUGUAUUUAUUACACACUGAUGAAUCCAGUACUGGUUGUUUCUCUCCCACCCCACUGCAGUAGAAGCAGAAGAGAACAGGAGGAUUUGACGUGCUCAGGGCUGCCACUGAAAGAGAAUCAAACAGGGCUUUUUCUGAGGGUGUCCCCCAACAACUGUGGGUUAGCACGGCUGACCCAAAUCGGGUUAAGAAUUCCCAGUGGCAUUAAAUGCUUAAUCUGGAAAUGCUUCUAAGCAUGUUUACAUAUUGCUAGCAGCUACUGGAAGACCUUUUUCCAGUGGUGGUAACUGGUAAUAAGUUUUUUUUAAAAAAAGGGAGGGGGGCAAAAAACCUCCUGAGUUUCUUCUUUAGUAAUAACAACAACAGCAAAGACAACCCUCAAAAGCAACAAACUUGUUGCACACUUGCUUACAAGUAGCAGUCUGGAAUUGAUCUUAUGUCCAAAUUGGAUCCUGCCCGUUAUCAACCGUGGCAGAGGUGUGUUUUUUAUUUUAAACGCUGUGGACAAAGUAUUUGAAUUGAAUUUGUCUGAUCUGCAAUGAAUUCUGGUACACCUCUUAGUCACAAAAAAUAUGUGAGUGGUUCUUUAUCACAGCACAGUGUUAAGACUGUGUUGUUUCAAUUAUGAUUUAAAAAAUAGGACUCUGUACUUUUCUGUUGCUUUGUCCGUUUUAAGUCCUUUGCUCAUUAUUUUCCAACAUUUAAAGCACAUUUGCUGAUCUCUGUUUAGUAUGAGGGUUUGCUAUGUAUUUAGAAAAAAGCACUGUACCCUCCUUCAUUAAGUUGAGUUUGAACAAGGCCUCUCUUUGCUUCAGCUGACUUCUGUGGAAACACAAUAGAAGACUCGUAGACUGCAAUUUUGUAAGUGUGUAUUAACAGAUCCGUCUUUUAUGAUGAGAGAUCAGGCUCCAGGUGGACAUAAACCUAGCAGUCAGGUGGCUGUAUUUCAAAACCAUUACGUAUUUGAGUCUUGAUGCAGGCUCAGGGUGUUGCAGGGAUGCACAGAUAGAUAGAUGGGCUUAUGGUCAAAUUGUAUUUUGCCCUGAUCAUGUAUUUUUGCCUACGCUGUCUGCCCUUCAGAGCUGAGCUAUUAGUAUUCAAGCCUUCAGGUUUGUGAUUUGCAUGGGAAAGCAUCUCAGUUUUGCACCACUGUGUGUAUAUAAUUGCUAGAUGUAUGCAUGCACUUGUGAUGCAAAUCUGAUGUAGCUACAGGUGUUUAGCUGUCUAGCCACAAGAACUCUGCAUUUUAAUUUAUUCAACAUUAUUCCAUUUAAAGUCAUGGGUGGUUUUGCUUAACAGGUAACACUAAUCUGAGAGAACUUAGUUCUGUUAAAUUUAAAGCCUACAGAAUUUCAGCUGGCUACGCAGGACCCUGGCAUUUUAAGAGCUAGGGCCAGGUAGGAAUAUAGCUGCUUGAAGGCAGGGCAAGGCUAGAAAUCCUGAAGCUUACAGGUAAAUCAUCUAUUGAUCCCAUACUAGUGAUGUAAUGUGAGGCUUAAAUUAGCUAACAAGGCAUUUGACUUAUCAAACUGAAGUUUAAGGUUGUUUCUUAUGAUUGCAGUAAGUUUAGAUUAAAGUCAACAUCCAAAAAAAACGUGUUUCCUAAACCACAAAGAGUGAGCUUUCUCACUGCCUCAGCAGUUAUAUCUUAAUUCUCUUUUGGGCAGCAAACUAGGAAGUCACAAUAUAGGACUGCGCAGCUGUAGAAGUCUCGUCCCCUUUCAGGGUCUGUGCACUGCGAGGAGAUUCUUGUACAAAGGCACUGCGAGCCUAUGGAUUACCUCUGCCAGAAACCUCAUUAGAAAGCACAUUUUCCCAUGCGGACUUUCUCCCUGUUUCAUCUUCUAAUGUAUGUCUGAAAGUUUAGAAAGCUUUAAAGAGAUAGAGCAGCAGUGUCUAAAAAUGAUGUUUGAUUUUUGUGGGGGUGAGUUUCUAUAUAAAUUCUUCACUUGGGUUCAGCUGCUUUAUUCACCCACAUGCUCUCCGAUGUCAAACGUUAGGAAGACACAAACUUUGAAUCCCCAGCUGUCUAAAUAUUUUCUUUCUGAAACUUGGAUUCCAUUGACAGCUGAGCCUGUAAAAUCCUUAACUUCUCAAGAUUAGAGGACAACAUAUAUUUUUAUAGAAAUGUAACUGUAUAUUUUAAAAACCUCUUUCCUGCAGCUUCUCCACAUUUAUUUUUCCCCUUGUAGUUCAGAUUUGAUAUAAACUUUUUUUUUUGUGUUCAUUCUUUUUAUUUUCUGUUUUUAAAUUUGUAGUCAAAGCUAUGGUGUACUGUACAGGAGCAGUCAGCCUUUGUAAUUACUGUAUAAAUGCUUUAUAAUAAAGUAUAUUACUUUUAUUUUAACAAGUGAGCAGACACUUCCUUUUGUGUGUUUGCUGCCUAGGGCACCUUUUAAAUGACUGUUACAUAUUAAAAAUGUACAUAUAUAAAUAUAAAAAUAUUUACCUGUUGCUGUACAGUUGUGAUAGACUGGACUGAAUUUAUUUUUUGUGUGCUUUUUUAUAAAAAUAUUAAUACACUAAAGGAAAUCUUGCUGAUGUGAUUGUAAUGUACUCUGUAACUUAUUUACUUAAUAUCCUCUAUAUCUCUUAAAAACCUUUUAUUAAAUGAGGUUUAAAAACA